AUGCCCACGCCCCGCUCCAAGCUCCAAUCCGCCAAUCCACCCCACCUCACGGGGCGGCUUCUCCGCCCGCAUAUCAAAACACAACCACCUCACCCAAACAACCUCUUCCACUCCCUCACGCCAACACCCACAAUAUGGCAGAAGGCGGAGCUCCCCCCAGGCUCAGUAAACCUCGCAACGUUGAGCGUGCCCCAACUCCGCUCGCUCCAAACACGCCUAACAUCCGAACUGGAACACCUAACAACAUCACACACGAAGCUGCGCGCCGCACAGGCCAAAUUCCGCGACUGCGUGCGCUCCAUCACCGAUGGUGUCACGGGCUCCAAGGAGAAGGGCACUGAGGGUCGUGAGGAUAUUCUCGUCCCGCUCACCAGCUCGUUGUAUGUCAAGGGCCGAUUGACGGAUCGGGAGAAGGUUCUCGUUGAUGUUGGUACUGGGUUUUAUAUUGAGAAGACUCCACCCAAGGCCAUUGCUUUCUACGACGACAAGGUCAAGGGUUUGGAUGCCAAUCUGCAGGAACUGGAGAAGAUUGUUUCUGGGAAGAGUCAGCAGCUGCGUGUUGUUGAGGAGGUCCUCCGACAGAAGCUGCUUGCUGGUGAAGCGCCCGCACAGCCGGCUGCGGCGAGCGCGUAA